GAGAACAGUGAGUUAUAGUUGGUGGCUUCAACCUCAAUCAAAAUGGAUGUAGAAGAGUUUAGGACCAGAGGCAAGGAAAUGGUGGACUACAUUUGUGCCUACAUGGACAACUUGCCGAAUCAAAAAGUAACUCCUAACUUGGAGCCGGGAUAUUUGAAAGAGUUAAUUCCUUCGGAAGCACCUGUUGAACCUGAAGAGUGGAACGAUAUUAUGGACGAUGUCGAUCAGAAAAUUAUGCCAGGCAUCACUCAUUGGCAGCAUCCGAGAUUCCAUGCGUAUUUUCCAAGUGGAAACUCUUAUCCUUCGAUAUUGGCUGAUAUGUUGUCGAACGCCAUUGGGUGCAUUGGAUUUUCAUGGGCAGCAAGCCCAGCAUGCACAGAACUAGAAACCAUCGUCAUGGACUGGUUCGGAAAAGCCAUCGGCCUACCCCACGACUUCAUCACCUCGAAUAAAGGUAGUACUGGUGGAGGCGUGAUCCAGACAAGCGCCAGUGAAUGCGUCCUCAUUUCCAUGUUGGCUGCCAGAAAUCAAGCAAUCCAAUACCUAAAAAAAAACCUCAUCGAAUCAGAAGACAUCGAAGAUAGUGCUUUUUUGCCUAAACUGGUUGGUUAUUGUUCGAAAGAGGCCCAUUCUUGUGUCGAAAAAGCCGCAAAAAUUUUACUUGUUAAACUCAGAAUCUUAGACCCCGAUGAAAACGGGUCCUUAGGCAAAGACGCUUUGGAAGAUGCUAUUAAAAAAGAUAAAGAAAACGGACUAUUCCCGUUCUUCGUAUCCACAAUUCUAGGAUCCACUUCAAGCUGUUCUUUUGAUAAUCUUCAAAUAAUUGGCCCAAUCUGCAAAGCAGAACCUUGUAUCUGGCUGCAUGUGGAUGCAGCAUACGCCGGCAAUGCUUUUAUUUGUCCAGAACUAAAGCCAUAUUUGAAAGGCAUCGAAUACGCUGACUCUUUCAACACAAAUCCCAACAAAUGGCUACUUGUAAAUUUUGAUUGCUCCUGCCUUUGGGUUAAGUGUAGAGUUAAGCUCACAUCAGCUUUAAUUGUGGAUCCACUAUAUCUUCAACAUGCAAACUCAAAUGAAGCUAUAGAUUAUCGUCAUUGGGGUAUUCCGUUAAGUAGACGCUUCAGAUCGUUAAAAUUAUGGUUUGUUAUAAGAAAAUAUGGUUUGUCCGGUCUACAAAAAUAUAUUAGAAACCAUAUAAAUUUGGCAAAGCAUUUUGAGACUUUAGUCAGAAAAGAUAGCAGAUUUGAAGUCGUGAAUGAUGUAAGAUUGGGGUUGGUUUGCUUUAGAUUGAAUACCAGUGAUACUGUUAAUCAAGAACUUUUGGCAAAUAUAAAUGCUUCAGGCAAACUGCACAUGAUUCCAUCGAUGGUGAAAAACAAAUACAUUUUGAGAUUUUGCGUUAAUGCUGAACAUGCUAAGCAAGAAGACGUAGAACAUGCUUGGAGAAUCAUAACAGAGCACGCCUCAGAAAUUCUCGAGCCCCUUACAGACAGAAAGAAGGAAUUCACCAAACCACCUCUUACAAGGCAAAUGUCCAAAAGAUUCGCUUUUACCAGAAGCGUGUCCAAGGAGCUCUACAAGAGGUCCAGAACCAGGUCGAACCUUUUCGAUGGUGCCACACCUAUUUUGGUGGCGGAUUUAGAUGAAGAUGAAACCGAAGUUAAGCCUUGCGACAAUAGUGAAAUUGUUGAUUCGUUAGCUAAGAGUUUGGAUGAUGAAGUUUUUUUAGAUGAGUAUAGAAAGGAGUUUAAAUUUCACCCUCAAAGUCCGACAGAGAUUAAGUGUAGUGGAAUGUAAAAACUUAUGGUACCACCUCUAUACCUUAUUCGUACUUAGUUAAUGUUUAAAUUGUAAUCCUAAUUUAAUAUUUUAGUUUUGCAAAAUUUGCAUUUACAAUAAUGUUUUUAUAAGCUACCUAUGUUUUUGGCUCCAGUAUUUUUAGGUACAUAGGUAACAUAAAUCAGAAUCUCCUGUGACAUUUGUUAAUGGACAAGAGAAAAAUUGUCACAGGUUUGACGUUUAUUUAUGAUUAUUAUCGUCACACUAAUAUUAAGUUAGCUUGGUGUAAAUAAAUCAGUAUUAUUAGAUUUAAAAACAUUUUUACUAUAUUUAUUUAUUUAUUUUACAUUAUUUUGUAUGUACCUUAUUUAGACAAUUUGUUAAUAAAUUCGUUGUUUGUAACAAAGAUGUUUUAUUUGAUUGGCUGUAUUGGACAUAAAUCAUCAAAUGAAUAAAUAGGUACACAUAUCAAUAAAUACAAUUUAAAUUCCCUGGGAAGAGCGGAAUUAUUAUUUUAUAUUUUUGAGCAAGGAAACUUGAAAUGCCUCUACAUGCUCCUUGUUUUUUUUGCACAAAUUUCCCCACCUACAUUUUCGAAUUUUAUUCUACUUUGUCGGGAAAUUCAUGGACUGUAAUAUAUGUUCAUAUUACACUAAUUUAGCACAAUUUUGCACAACUAUUUUUAAAUUUUACAUAUUAUGCUUGUGGGGAAAUUUAUUGAACUGGAUCCACCCAACGAAAAUUACUUAGCCUUCCCGGUUGACAGAAACAAAAAUCAAGCAACAUUCACUAAUUCUUAUAAAUAACAACAUAAAACUAAUUCUAAAUCCUCUAAAUAUAAAACAAAAAAUAAAUGCGAUACUUAAUAGGAGAAACGGUUUGAACAGAGUUGGGACCUUUGUUGUAGUGACGUUGGGUGUGACGUUCAGGAAUAAUUCCCUGAAGAUCACUAGUUACCUUUAACCAAGAUAACGAGUACAAAGCUCUUGAAACGGACUUUGUGGAUAAUUAUCACAAAAUAUUGUUCAAUACUGGUUUUAUUAAUCAAAUUGGUUCCUAUUUAUAUUGUACAUUUCAACUUGAACCUUAUUAUAUUUAUCAUAACUAAUAACAAUGAACUGUGUUUAGGCAGGUAUCUAAAACAUUGGCGCUACACCGUAUCAUUACGGAAAUUAAGGUGACUGACGCUGUGAAUGAUGAAUCGUGGUUUUUUAGUAAAUUUGGACAAGGUUUGUGAUACUUUGAUUACCUUGCCAAAUUUAUAACAAAUUGUGGAUUUUAGAAUAUGUAGAAAUUUCAGACUUAAUUAAAUUUUAUGUUGAAAUUUCGAAAUGUGUAAUUCAAAUUUUAUGUUGAUUAAACACGGUUCUCAAAUCUAAAAGUAUGACAUCAAGAAAAUAUUGAAAAGAAAAAAUAAAUGCGAUAAUUGAUAGGAGAAACGUCCUCAAAUGUAAGCAUAUAAUAACAAUAAGAUAUUGAGAAGCAAGAAUAAAUGCGAUAAUUAAUAGGAGCACCGGUUCUCCAAUCUAAGUGAAUAACAUUAGGAAAAUAUUGAAAAGAAAACAUAAUUUCCAAAAUUAAUAGGAGAAACGGUUCUUAAAUCUAAGCAUAUAACAUUAAGAAAACAUAAGUGUGAUAAUUAAUAGGAGAAACGGUUCUCAACUAAGCGUAUAACAUUAAGAAAACAUAAAUGCGAUAAUUAAUAGGAGAACCGGUUCUCAAAUAUAAGGAUAUAAUCUCUCAUAAACCCAUCCAUUCUCUCCAGGUUUUGUUAACACGCCAUCCACUACUUCAUUGGCUGCAGGACGGCGAAAUCUGAUGCGGUCAUCGAUGCCAUUGUUUUUGCCUUGCCAAAACUCAACCAUUUUUGGCUUGAACAAAUAACCACUCCUGAAUAACAUUAAGAAAAUAUUGAAAAGAAAACAUAAUUUCCAAAAUUAUUAGGAGAAACGGUUCUUAAAUCUAAGCAUAUAACAUUAAAAAAACAUAAGUGUGAUAAUUAAUAGGAGAAACGGUUCUCAACUAAGCGUAUAACAUUAAGAAAACAUAAAUGCGAUAAUUAAUAGGAGAACCGGUUCUCAAAUCUAAGGAUAUAAUCUCUCAUAAACCCAUCCAUUCUCUCCAGGUUUUGUUAACACGCCAUCCACUACUUCAUUGGCUGCAGGGCGGCGAAAGCUAAUGCGGUCAUCGAUGCCAUUGUGUUUGCCUUGCCAAAACUCAACCAUUUUUGGCUUGAUUAAGAAAAUAUUGAAAAAAAAAAACAUAAAUUCCAUAAUUAAUAGGAGAAACGGUUCUCAACUAAGCAUAUAACUAAGAAAAAAAUAAAUGUGAUAAUUAAUAGGAGAACCGGUUCUCAAAUCUAAGCGCAUAACAUUAGUAAAACAUAAAUGCGAUAAUUAAUAGGAGAAAUGGUUCUCAUAUCUAAACCUAUAACAUUAAGAAAAUAUUGAAAAGCAAAAAUAAAUGCGAUAAUUAAUAGUUGAAACGGUUCUCAAAUCUAAGCAUAUAACUUUAAGAAAAUAUUGAAAACAAAAACAUAAAUGCGAUAAUUAAUAGAAGAAACGGUUCUCAACAAAGCGUAUAACUAAAAAAACAUAAACGAGAUAAAUAAUAGGAGAACCGGUGGUUCUCAAAUCUAAGGGUAUAAUCUUUCAUAGAUCCAUCCAUUUUCUCCCUGCUUGGUUAACACACCAUCUGGUUCAUUGCUGACAGGGAACCGAAAUCUGAUCCUGUCAUGAAGGUGAUCUGCGUGUCCUUGCCAAAACUCAAAAAUUUUUGGCUUGAGAAGAUAGCCA